UAGUUUCAUUUUUUUAGCUAUGUCAUGUAGUGAACAAAAGAUGUUUUAAAUGCAGUGCUUCUCCUGGUGCUCAUCCUGAUCAAAGCUCUGCUGGCAGCAAGCCUGCAGCUCGGUGGGAACACUGUCACACUCAGCAGGGCUGUGUUGGUUACUCUCCUCAGGUGGCUGUUCCUGGCCAUGGUGCUGUGGUGCCAGGAUGAGACAGGAGCAGUUGUUCUCUCCUGCACCUGGGUCUCUGUGUAUUCCAUUUAUUGCAGGCAAUAUGUACAGUGACUUGAAUAAGUGAAAAUGCAUUUACAGAAAUGUGGGAGAAGUGAGUUUUCUCAUGGAAUGUGGAAACUGAGUGCUAUAAAUGAUACCUGUAAACUUGAAACAAAAAAAUUUGGUGUGUUUGGGUGAGUAGUCCAUGGAGUGGAUUGUGACGAGCUUUCUCUUCUGCCUGUACAGAUUGGUGUGUUCAUAAGAUGCUGAUAGGAAACUUCCAGCAGAUUUAUUUAAAUUGAGAGGAUGGUUGUAGAGUUCUACAGUACUGUUGCAAAGUGGGUGGAAAGUAAGUUAAAAUGGUAAUGAAUAUUUUCUGUGUGAAUAACAUCUUUGUACAUGAUAGUUAAACAGAAGUAUGGAGAGAAUAGUGUCUGGAACAGGAGCAUCAUUCUGAUGUUACAUACUCUUGCAUGAUGAUAAUGGUAAAAUUUUCAUUUUACGAUUUUUCAUUGGUUACCUGGAGCCAGAAUAAGAAGAAAAUAAGAACUACUGUGUUUACUCACACAUGCAUCAGACCCUGAGUGUCAGUCUCUGCUUCAAGUGGCACUAUAGAAAACAUGCAGAGAAAGCAACAGCAGAGACAGAAGAUAUUCUUACUCCUCUCAUACAGGUUAAUUCAUUUUGGUCUUUUUUUUAAUUAUAUGACAGAAGCUAAUAGCAAAAAUCUUACUGCCCCACUCAGUGUGUCAUUUCAGAAUGUCAGACCUCAAGAGACCGCAUCACUGGGUAUGUACACUCCCAAAUUAUAUAUAACCAUUUCUGCUCACCAGAGAAUCAAAAGGAGAAAAUGGUUUGAGAAAGGCGGAGUGGGUGCCUCAGCUGUUUUACUUUUUCCCUGUAUGCAGGUAAAUGGUCAAGCUCUCCCUGAGCACUGUUUGUUUAACAACUGAAAAGAAAGCACUUCAUGUCAUUCCAAAGAGUAAAUAUCUGAAGUUAUGGAUUAACUAAGUUCCAGCAGAGCUCAUGGAGGAAGAACAGAUCACGCUGAUUCCCACUGAAUAAAGCAGUGACUCCUGCUGCAAGAUGUGGAAGCUCCUCACUGUGGGGCUGCUGCUGGCUGCCUGCCCUUACUGGGGCUGCUGCACCUCAAUAUUUUACAGCAGUAAAGAUGCAAACAAAGUCCUGAGAAUCCAGAAGCGGUCAAACACUUUCCUGGAGGAGCUCAAGCCAGGCUCUGUGGAGCGUGAGUGUGUUGAAGAGCUCUGUGACUUUGAGGAGGCCAGUGAGAUAUUUGAAACCAGGGAAGCAACACUAGAAUUUUGGAGCAAGUAUGUAGAUGGAGAUCAGUGUGAGCACAAUCCUUGUUUCAACGGGAUCUGCAAGGACAGUAUUGGAAAAUUUUGCUGCAUCUGUAACAAAGGCUGGGAGGGGGUUUUGUGCAAUUAUGAGGUCAAAUACAGCAACUGUUCCACGGAGAAUGGGGGCUGUGAACAUUUCUGCAGGGAGGACCCUGCUGAGCAGCAUCGCUUGUGCAGCUGUGCAUCAGGGUAUCGGCUCAAGGAUGACCACACCACGUGUGAGCCUGUAGUGGAGUUCCCCUGUGGAAGAGUCAAGUUGGAUUACAUUGAAGCCAAAGCAGACUUCAAUAUUCGGCUCAUUGGUGGAACAGUUGGGAGAAGGGGAGGCAGCCCUUGGCAGAUUAUGCUGCAAAAUACCAAAGGGAUGUUUCUCUGUGGGGGUGUUCUCAUCCAUCCAGCUUGGGUCCUAACAGCAGCACACUGCCUUGAGGAUAACGAGGGGUUCAGAGUUAAACUUGGUAAAUUCAAUUUCCGUUCUGAGGCAGAUGAGCAAACCAUUUGGAUUGAUAAAUGGGUGAUCCACGAAAAUUACACCAAGAAGACCUCAGAUAAUGACAUAGCCAUGCUGCACUUGGCUGAGCACGUGAUGUAUUACAAAUACGCGCUCCCGAUCUGCCUUCCCACGCGCAACCUGGCAGAGCAGGAGCUGAUGAGGAGCGGGAAGCAGGCGGUGGUGACGGGCUGGGGCAGCAUGAGCGAGCGUAACCACACCUUCGCUGCCUUCCUCAGGUACAUCGAAAUCCCCAUCGUGCCCCGCAACGAGUGCGCCCGCGCCAUGAGCUCCCAUAUCUCUGACAACAUGCUGUGUGCUGGGAGCCUGGGAGACAGGAAAGAUUCCUGCCGUGGGGACAGCGGGGGCCCUAUGUUCACUAGGUAUAAGGAUACUUGGUUCUUGAUAGGGCUGGUGAGCUGGGGUGAAGGCUGUGGAAGAAGGGAGAAAUUUGGAGUCUACACCAAAAUUAGUCAGUACCUUGAGUGGAUCCAGCACCACAUAGAUACGUCAGCUCCUUUGAAAGGUUGAUUCUGAUCCAGAGUCUGGAAUGUUGUGACUCUGUGCUAGUGGCAGUAUGCACUAUAAUGUACUGUCAGAUCUUCAGUAUUAAAUAUUGAGUAUGUGUUAA